AUGUCUCUCACGCACCCGAAAAUGUUUCAUACUGGAAAACGGCAUUAUCGUAUAAAUCCAUCCAGACAUGAGCAUUCUUCCGAUCUGACCGUCCCCGUCGGUCACUUGGAGGAGGAAAUGGAAGACGGGCUAAAUGAAUUACCGGAUCAAGAUUUCACGGAGAGCCCGGAUUUGGAAAUCCUCCAAGAGGGUAAUAACUUUGUCUGUCGGUUGCGUGUUCCCACCAUGUUUCACGGUUUCGUAGUUGGACGCCAGCAUGCCACUCUUAAAACUAUGGAAAAAGAGUUCAACUGUCAAAUCAAAAUUCCGUCGAGGUCUAGCGGAAGCUGUGAGAUACUGCUGAAGUCUACUAACCAAUUCAAUAUUCGUAAUGCUUGUAGACGUAUUCGAUGGUUGGAGUACAAAGCACGCGGUCUUUCUCGCCCGACUCACUUCUUCUCCAUGCGUGCUAACAUGUCACCCGUGCAGUCCGCAUUUGAGACGUUCCGAGAAAAGGCACUUGAAUUAGCUCAAGGGGACACGGUCGGGGAUUUUCGCGGUGUCGUGCCCGAUGUGUUCUACUCGUCGGAGCAUCUGCACUUCACGAUCGCCGUGCUUCUGCUAGCCGAUGUCACUGAGGUGUCGACGACAUGUGAUUUACUCAAGGAGUUUGUUCAGUCUGUCGAAGGGCUUUCACUGCUAGCUGACGGUCCGUUCAAACUAACCAUUCAGGGGUUACAGUUUAUGAACGAUGAUCCCAGCUCAGUUGAUGUUCUGUAUGCGGAGGUAAGAUAUACUGGUCGUUUGCAUCAUAGUGAUUUGCCGAAUAUGGUUUGUACGUGUGGAAUACAGAGUCUGGCAGGUGACCACACUGCUUCUGGAUAA